UCACAAAAAGCUCUAAAUAUGUGCAAAUUAAAAGCUGCUAUGGCAUGGGAGUAUUCAUGCAGACCAGCUCCUGCUGAAUUAUUUCUAUCUAUUUUUUAUAAUAAAAAUAUUACAGAGAAUAAUGAUGAACCAAAUAUACCAAAUAUAAGUCAUAAAGAAUCAAGUGAAGAACCCAAUGAAUCUGUGGAUGAUGAAAAUAAUGAGAUUUUGGAAUUAACUUCUUUGAAAGAAUUUGGCCAAUUUUUAGACAUAUAG